UGCUCAGGUCUGAACUGUUACAGAUGCUGAGAUCUGUUAGAAGCUACACCAGUACAGGACUGAGGCUCCGGUGUAUUAUUUUUCAUGUGUUUGAGCUCUGGCAUCGUUCUGGGAAAUGACUAGGAUAAGCUACACUUCUUCAUUCAUUCUGAUCUUGGGUCUUUCUCUCAUUUCAGACCUCACUUCAAGUUCUGUUAAUGCUGAUUCAGCUGCUUCCUUUUAUGCAUCAGAUAUUUCAUCAAUUUCUGAUGUCACAUCAAACAGUGAACCUUCAAAUACAGAAACGUUUACAACUCCAGAUGAUAGCACAAUAGGGACUUCUGGUUCAACUUCAGGAGAAACAUCUGCAACUAUAGCUGAUUCCACUGAUUUAGUUUCAACAACUACUGACGUCACAUCAACCAGCGAACCUUCAAAUACAGAAACGUCUACAACUCCAGAUGAUAGCACAAUAGGGACUUCUGGUUCAACUUCAGGAGAAACAUCUGCAACUAUAGCUGAUUCCACUGAUUUUGUUUCAACAACUACUGAUGUCACAUCAACCAGCGAACCUUCAAAUACAGAAACGUCUACAACUCCAGAUGAUAGCACAAUAGGGACUUCUGGUUCAACUUCAGGAGAAACAUCUGCAACUAUAGCUGAUUCCACUGAUUUAGUUUCAACAACUACUGACGUCACAUCAACCAGCGAACCUUCAAAUACAGAAACGUCUACAACUCCAGAUGAUAGCACAAUAGGGACUUCUGGUUCAACUUCAGGAGAAACAUCUGCAACUAUAGCUGACUCCACUGAUUCAGUUUCAACAACUACUGACGUCACAUCAACCAGUGAACCUUCAUAUACAGAAACAUCUACAACUCCAGAUGAUAGCACAAUAGGGACUUCUGGUUCAACUUCAGGAGAAACAUCUGCAACUAUAGCUGACUCCACUGAUUCAUUUUCAACAACUACUGACGUCACAUCAACCAGUGAACCUUCAAAUACAGAAACAUCUACAACUCCAGAUGAUAGCACAAUAGGGACUUCUGGUUCAACUUCAGGAGAAACAUCUGCAACUAUAGCUGAUUCCACUGAUUUAGUUUCAACAACUACUGAUGUCACAUCAACCAGUGAACCUUCAAAUACAGAAACAUCUACAACUCCAGAUGAUAGCACAAUAGGGACUUCUGGUUCAACUUCAGGAGAAACAUCUGCAACUAUAGCUGACUCCACUGAUUCAGUUUCAACAACAACUACUGACGUCACAUCAACCAGUAAACCUUCAAAUACAGAAACGUUUACAACUCCAGAUGAUAGCACAAUAGGGACUUCUGGUUCAACUUCAGGAGAAACAUCUGCAACUAUAGCUGACUCCACUGAUUUAGUUUCAACAACUACUGACGUCACAUCAACCAGCGAACCUUCAAAUACAGAAACGUCUACAACUCCAGAUGAUAGCACAAUAGGGACUUCUGGUUCAACUUCAGGAGAAACAUCUGCAACUAUAGCUGAUUCCACUGAUUUUGUUUCAACAACUACUGAUGUCACAUCAACCAGCGAACCUUCAAAUACAGAAACGUCUACAACUCCAGAUGAUAGCACAAUAGGGACUUCUGGUUCAACUUCAGGAGAAACAUCUGCAACUAUAGCUGAUUCCACUGAUUUAGUUUCAACAACUACUGACGUCACAUCAACCAGCGAACCUUCAAAUACAGAAACGUCUACAACUCCAGAUGAUAGCACAAUAGGGACUUCUGGUUCAACUUCAGGAGAAACAUCUGCAACUAUAGCUGACUCCACUGAUUCAGUUUCAACAACAACUACUGACGUCACAUCAACCAGUGAACCUUCAAAUACAGAAACAUCUACAACUCCAGAUGAUAGCACAAUAGGGACUUCUGGUUCAACUUCAGGAGAAACAUCUGCAACUAUAGCUGACUCCACUGAUUUAGUUUCAACAACUACUGAUGUCACAUCAACCAGUGAACCUUCAAAUACAGAAACAUCUACAACUCCAGAUGAUAGCACAAUAGGGACUUCUGGUUCAACUUCAGGAGAAACAUCUGCAACUAUAGCUGACUCCACUGAUUCAGUUUCAACAACAACUGACGUCACAUUAACCAGUAAACCUUCAAAUACAGAAACGUUUACAACUCCAGAUGAUAGCACAAUAGGGACUUCUGGUUCAACUUCAGGAGAAACAUCUGCAACUAUAGCUGACUCCACUGAUUCAUUUUCAACAACUACUGACGUCACAUCAACCAGUGAACCUUCAAAUACAGAAACAUCUACAACUCCAGAUGAUAGCACAAUAGGGACUUCUGGUUCAACUUCAGGAGAAACAUCUGCAACUAUAGCUGACUCCACUGAUUCAGUUUCAACAACUACUGACGUCACAUCAACCAGUGAACCUUCAAAUACAGAAACAUCUACAACUCCAGAUGAUAGCACAAUAGGGACUUCUGGUUCAACUUCAGGAGAAACAUCUGCAACUAUAGCUGAUUCCACUGAUUUAGUUUCAACAACUACUGACGUCACAUCAACCAGUGAACCUUCAAAUACAGAAACAUCUACAACUCCAGAUGAUAGCACAAUAGGGACUUCUGGUUCAACUUCAGGAGAAACAUCUGCAACUAUAGCUGACUCCACUGAUUCAGUUUCAACAACUACUGACGUCACAUCAACCAGUGAACCUUCAAAUACAGAAACAUCUACAACUCCAGAUGAUAGCACAAUAGGGACUUCUGGUUCAACUUCAGGAGAAACAUCUGCAACUAUAGCUGACUCCACUGAUUCAGUUUCAACAACAACUGACGUCACAUUAACCAGUAAACCUUCAAAUACAGAAACGUUUACAACUCCAGAUGAUAGCACAAUAGGGACUUCUGGUUCAACUUCAGGAGAAACAUCUGCAACUAUAGCUGACUCCACUGAUUCAGUUUCAACAACUACUGACGUCACAUCAACCAGUGAACCUUCAAAUACAGAAACAUCUACAACUCCAGAUGAUAGCACAAUAGGGACUUCUGGUUCAACUUCAGGAGAAACAUCUGCAACUAUAGCUGAUUCCACUGAUUUAGUUUCAACAACUACUGACGUCACAUCAACCAGCGAACCUUCAAAUACAGAAACGUCUACAACUCCAGAUGAUAGCACAAUAGGGACUUCUGGUUCAACUUCAGGAGAAACAUCUGCAACUAUAGCUGAUUCCACUGAUUUAGUUUCAACAACUACUGACGUCACAUCAACCAGCGAACCUUCAAAUACAGAAACGUCUACAACUCCAGAUGAUAGCACAAUAGGGACUUCUGGUUCAACUUCAGGAGAAACAUCUGCAACUAUAGCUGAUUCCACUGAUUUAGUUUCAACAACUACUGACGUCACAUCAACCAGUGAACCUUCAAAUACAGAAACAUCUACAACUCCAGAUGAUAGCACAAUAGGGACUUCUGGUUCAACUUCAGGAGAAACAUCUGCAACUAUAGCUGAUUCCACUGAUUCAGUUUCAACAACUACUGACGUCACAUCAACCAGUGAACCUUCAAAUACAGAAACAUCUACAACUCCAGAUGAUAGCACAAUAGGGACUUCUGGUUCAACUUCAGGAGAAACAUCUGCAACUAUAGCUGAUUCCACUGAUUUAGUUUCAACAACUACUGAUGUCACAUCAACCAGUGAACCUUCAAAUACAGAAACAUCUACAACUCCAGAUGAUAGCACAAUAGGGACUUCUGGUUCAACUUCAGGAGAAACAUCUGCAACUAUAGCUGACUCCACUGAUUCAGUUUCAACAACUACUGACGUCACAUCAACCAGUGAACCUUCAAAUACAGAAACAUCUACAACUCCAGAUGAUAGCACAAUAGGGACUUCUGGUUCAACUUCAGGAGAAACAUCUGCAACUAUAGCUGAUUCCACUGAUUCAGUUUCAACAACUACUGACGUCACAUCAACCAGUGAACCUUCAAAUACAGAAACAUCUACAACUCCAGAUGAUAGCACAAUAGGGACUUCUGGUUCAACUUCAGGAGAAACAUCUGCAACUAUAGCUGACUCCACUGAUUCAUUUUCAACAACUACUGACGUCACAUCAACCAGUGAACCUUCAAAUACAGAAACAUCUACAACUCCAGAUGAUAGCACAAUAGGGACUUCUGGUUCAACUUCAGGAGAAACAUCUGCAACUAUAGCUGACUCCACUGAUUCAGUUUCAACAACUACUGACGUCACAUCAACCAGUGAACCUUCAAAUACAGAAACAUCUACAACUCCAGAUGAUAGCACAAUAGGGACUUCUGGUUCAACUUCAGGAGAAACAUCUGCAACUAUAGCUGACUCCACUGAUUCAUUUUCAACAACUACUGACGUCACAUCAACCAGUGAACCUUCAAAUACAGAAACAUCUACAACUCCAGAUGAUAGCACAAUAGGGACUUCUGGUUCAACUUCAGGAGAAACAUCUGCAACUAUAGCUGACUCCACUGAUUCAGUUUCAACAACUACUGACGUCACAUCAACCAGUGAACCUUCAAAUACAGAAACAUCUACAACUCCAGAUGAUAGCACAAUAGGGACUUCUGGUUCAACUUCAGGAGAAACAUCUGCAACUAUAGCUGAUUCCACUGAUUUAGUUUCAUCAACUACUGACGUCACAUCAACCAGCGAACCUUCAAAUACAGAAACGUCUACAACUCCAGAUGAUAGCACAAUAGGGACUUCUGGUUCAACUUCAGGAGAAACAUCUGCAACUAUAGCUGAUUCCACUGAUUUAGUUUCAACAACUACUGACGUCACAUCAACCAGCGAACCUUCAAAUACAGAAACGUCUACAACUCCAGAUGAUAGCACAAUAGGGACUUCUGGUUCAACUUCAGGAGAAACAUCUGCAACUAUAGCUGAUUCCACUGAUUCAGUUUCAUCAACUACUGACGUCACAUCAACCAGCGAACCUUCAAAUACAGAAACGUCUACAACUCCAGAUGAUAGCACAAUAGGGACUUCUGGUUCAACUUCAGGAGAAACAUCUGCAACUCUAGCUGACUCCACUGAUUCAAUUUCAACAACAACUGACGUCACAUCAACCAGUGAACCUUCAUAUACAGAAACGUCUACAACUCCAGAUGAUAGCACAAUAGGGACUUCUGGUUCAACUUCAGGAGAAACAUCUGCAACUAUAGCUGACUCCACUGAUUCAGUUUCAACAACUACUGACGUCUCAUCAACCAGUGAACCUUCAAAUACAAAAACGUCUACAACUCCAGAUGAUAGCACAAUAGGGACUUCUGGUUCAACUUCAGGAGAAACAUCUGCAACUAUAGCUGACUCCACUGAUUCAGUUUCAACAACUACUGACGUCACAUCAACCAGUGAACCUUCAAAUACAAAAACGUCUACAACUCCAUAUCAUAGCACAAUAGGGGUUUCUGGUUCAACUUCAGGAGAAACAUCUGCAACUAUAGCUGACUCCACUGAUUCAAUUUCAACAACUACUGACGUCACAUCAACCAGUGAACCUUCAAAUACAAAAACGUCUACAACUCCAUAUCAUAGCACAAUAGGGGUUUCUGGUUCAACUUCAGGAGAAACAUCUGCAACUACAUCUGACUCCACUCCUUUGACAUCUAUAUCAAAUCCUGCCUCAACUACAGCUGAUUUCACAACUACAAAAGAUUUGAUAACAACAAUUGCAAGCUCUACUCAAUCAACAGCUGGAACCACAACUGCUAUUAUAUGUCAAAAUGGUGGAACUCCACAACCGAACAACCUGGGUUGUUUUUGUCCAACAGGUUUUACAGGGAGAUUCUGCAGUAAUGUUGAAAAUAGCAUAGUACCAGAUUUUAUUGAAAGGAUAGCCAGUGUAACAAUGGAAAUGAAUGAGCCAUUUAAAGAAGAUUUCACAAACCAAUCAUCAACAGAAUAUAGAGAUUUUGUUAGAAGAUUCAAUAACACAGUGAUACCCAUUUAUAAAAAAACUGUAGACAAGUUUUCGCACGUGGCCCACAUAAUUCUAAGUGCUGGUAGACCACUUAGUCAAAUAAGAAAAAGAAGCUUGUCCUUGAAGGAAACCGCAAGACUGAAAGUUGAUCAUGAUGUAGUUCUUGCAAUCGAAAAUAACAUUGAAAUCAACAGUACUUAUAAAAAUAUGGUCAGAGAUGUGAUUGGUGUCAUUGCCGACUUGAUAAACAGUUCAGUCCCAACAUUUAAUGUUGCCAGUGGCUUUGCAACAGAGACUGUGUUCAGUGUUAAUGAUGUGUGUCUCAAGGUUGCAGAAGGUUUUCCUUCUGAUUACCGAGAUUAUUUUCAACCAGCUCUGUUGGAAGGCAAAGUGACAUGUGUGACUCCAUGCAAUGCAGCUCACAGUGAUCGGAUCAUUUGUGAGAAUGGCGGCACCUGUGAAGUUUCUUCGGAGGGCCCAUCCUGCUAUUGCCGCUAUACUGAGGAGGUCUGGUACUUGGGAGAGUAUUGCACUCUCCAGGUGCACAAAGUUGGAUUUUACGCUGGAUUGGGAACGGUGGCAGUCGUAGCAGUAAUAACUGUAGCAUUCCUGACAGCUUAUCUCAUAAUGAACAAAAGAACGGUGAAGAGGAAUAAGGACAUUAAGCAAGAGUUAGUGAAAGAAUGGUUAGAGGAUGAUUUUGAAUGGCCACCACAAAGGGAAACAUCAAACACAGAUGAGAACGGACAGACCUCAGAUUCGGACAUCUUUUGAUAUUUAAUAAUCGAAGUGUUUGAAAAGGCAUGCAUGCUUUGUAUGACGCACUGAAUAUAUCAGUUUUUAAAUAAUGGAUCAUAUUUAAAAAUAUGGAUUCUUGAUCUAUCAGAAGUCAAUCAGUUGCCAGGGCAUUGCAUUUAUAACGUACAAUUGCACAGUUAUGCAUAUUUUCUGUACCUCAGAUGUGUGACAAACAUCAUCCUACCGUAAUGCAUUUGAUCACAUGAUGACGAGCAGUAACACUUCAGAGAUGCCCUGCUUAUCUUCAGAUGUUAACACAAUCAGUGUAAUAAAAUUAUAUAUCAUGUACUUAUCAUUCACUGUUAUGUGAAACCUAAGUUUCAUUUCUCAUUUAUUCAAAAUGACAUUGCGUUAACUUAAACUUGUUUGUAAAUUAUAUAUUAACCACAAAUUAUUUAUUAGCUUUAUAUACACUUCCUUAUAAUGAAUUCUAAUCUCAGAUGUUUAUUUUUGUUAUCUUUUUCCUCUGUAAAUGCAAUAAAAUAUGUGGACAACAAAAUAAUAUUCUUGAGCUAUUGUGUGUUGCACUGUAAAAAACAUCAAGCAUCAUGAUCUCAGAGAGGGACAGAGUAUCUUAACAAAACAGCAUUCCCAGUUACUUUCAUGCCUCUUGAUUAGUUAUUUUCAGUACAGUAUUUUUUAGUUUUCUCUCACUCAGACACACAACAAAACCACAGUUUAUGACUCCCUCACUGUACAUUCUACCUCUCAAUUUAUUCUCGUCAGAUUACGUUUGUUUACAUUAUUUUUACAUUACAAGUUAUUCCAAAGUAUAACAGUGAGCAUUUUUUUAACUGCAGAAGAACACUUUAAAUCGCUUUGGAAAUACGUAAUCCUCAACAUUUAAUAGAUGACUAGUCAUUUGAAAGUAGGAACGGUCAUUUUUGUCACUGUAGUGUAAGGCAUUUUUGUAUUUAGAGUAUACUGAUCAAGACAUCUAUGUUAGGAUACUUCCUCUUUUAAAUACAUUACACAUAAAUGACCCGCAACUGAAUUGGUACUUUUUCGUUUUUAUGUAUUCCAGUCACAAAGGCAAGCGGCUUUAUCUCAGAUAUCUUAUCACAGCAUGUCAAACAAUGUGAUUGAUGGUGAGUUGCAGAGGUCAUGUUGGGUGGGUAGCCACACAGCGAACAGAUAAUCAGGAAAAAGAAACUUAUAAUCAGCUGCUUUACAAUCAGUAUCGACCUUUUUUUUCAAAUGAAAUGUUACACCUUUCUCUGCCCGUACAGGUUUUUUUUUCUGCAGUAACAAGUAUCCCCACCCCCACUUGCUAAUGCAAAACCAGCAAUAUGUUGCAAUUUUUUCAGGACAAAUUGACAACCAACAAUUAGUUUUUAACAAUUAGUUUAAAU